UGAAGAAAUUUCCACGAGCACUUUCCCUUCCUUUUCAUUUGCCUUCAAUGAAUUUUUUUUAUUUAAACUAAAAAGAUUUUGAAAGAAAUGAAGGGGCUGCCUGUAAUCUGCUGCUGCUGUUGCUGCUGAUACAGAUUGUUGAAAAAAAAUCUCAGCUCUGCUUAUAUUGGAAGCAAAGCGAGCAAGCAAAACCAAUUUCAAUUUCAAGUUUUUGACUUUACGCCAACCUCAAAAGACGCCUUUCUCCGACUCCUCCGGAACUCUAGAUUCUUACGAGCAGCCUUCAGUAGCUCAUUACAGAUGCUCCCGUCUGAGGAGUUGGGGAAAGAAGGUGCAAACUCUCAGCAUUACUCUAUUGAAGACAAUGAGUAUGUUAGAUUGGUUAUAUCCAAUGAACCAGGUGCGACUGAAGCUGAUAUGCUAUCAUCUCAGGCAAACACUAGGAUUGACACUUCCAUUUGGUGGCUCAGAGCCUUAUUUCUUUCCAUUGUUGUUAUCAUCUGUCUUCUCAUACUCGUGAAAUGGGGAGUGCCAUUUGUUUUUGAGAAGGUUCUCCUCCCAAUGAUGCAAUGGGAAGCUACUGCAUUUGGUCGUCCAGUUCUUGCCCUUGUGCUUGUUGCUUCUCUUGCAUUAUUUCCUGUGUUCUUAAUUCCUUCAGGGCCUUCCAUGUGGUUGGCUGGAAUGAUCUUUGGAUAUGGUUUUGGGUUUCUUAUAAUUAUGGUUGGAACAACUAUCGGGAUGGUCCUACCUUAUUGGAUUGGACUACUAUUCCGUGAUCGCAUUCAUCAAUGGUUACAAAAAUGGCCGAAGAAAGCUGCUAUACUUAGACUUGCUGCCGAGGGGAGCUGGUUCCAUCAAUUUCGAGUAGUUGCCAUCUUUAGGGUUUCACCAUUUCCUUACACUAUUUUCAAUUAUGCAAUAGUGGUAACAAGUAUGAGAUUGUGGCCCUACCUAUGCGGUUCAGUUGCUGGCAUGGUUCCAGAAGCUUUCAUCUACAUCUACAGUGGAAGGUUGAUAAGGACGUUUGCAGAUGUGCACUAUGGAAACCGUCACAUGACUACGGUGGAGAUUGUAUACAACAUUAUAUCCCUCAUCGUUGCAGUCAUCACCACAGUUGCCUUCACAGUUUAUGCUAAAAGAGCGUUAAAGAAGCUUGAGAGGUCUGAGACCGGAAAAGAAGCCCGUGACUUUAACCAUGGUAGUCUUGAGAUGGAAAAGCUUCCACUUGAAUGAGCAAAGCUUUCAGACUUCUCUUCCUUUUCACUAUAACCGGUAGAAUAUUGGAGAACAUGUUAGCUGUAAAAAUCUUGACAUAUUAUAGCGGUGUAGAGUCCUGAAUCAUUACUCUCUUUUUAGGUCCUUCCGCUCUUCUUUUUCAUUUCCAUAGAUUUCCAUGGUUACUGUCUGAUGACUGUUACCAUGGAACUAGAAUACUGAGAAAUAGAUAUGGUAUAUUUGAUGUGAUUAUACAAGCGACCGGCUUCUUGUGAAUAUUCCGUGUGAUUGUUUUAUGGAUACAACAUUGUGGCUUUGCUGAA